AUGCAGGACAGCCGGCGCGAUGAGGAGGUCCGCCACGAAGAAGAGUUGGCCGACUUGCGUAUUCAGUUGCGAAGGAAAGAGGAGGAGAUACUUAAGCUGGAAGCACAAGUUGAAGCAAGAAAUCACAAAAUCAUGCUGCUGCAAACGGAAUUGCCUCGAGUGGCGAUUAAAGAUGAAGAGGAGGAAGAAAGGGCGCGAUUCAUGCGUGUCGAUGCAGCCAGAGAUCGAAAUGAGGAGGAGCCGUGCGCGCGAGAGCCGACGCCACCGGAAUGCAGACAGCAAUAG